AUGAGUUUGAACGAAACAGAAUUUGGCGAAUUUAAAGACAAAAUGGCGGAGUACAUUUCUUCCGACCCGUUCCACGAGUCCCUCUUACGAUCAAAAAUGGACGAAAAAGAAGAAAUGGCCAGCUUACUUAGGGAUUCUUUCGUGUUAAUUAAAAAUUCUUCGCUGAAUCCGAUCGAGAAAAAUCAAAUUGUGAUGCUUCAGAACCAAGCCUUAUCCUUCAAAAAAGCGUUCAAUUGCCUGAAAAAUGACAUGGAAAAGCUUAAGACGAAUGACAGUAUAGGCUGCUUGCCUUUUUAUGAUCCUCUUAUGAACAUCUGCUGCCAAUCUGACCAAUCUUUCUGCGAAACUCGGUGCAACAGCUCAAUUUGCGUUGAAAAAGAAGGUCAGCCACGGAACUGCGUGAAUGGACACUGGAUUGAAAGUCAGCCAGAAGCGAGCAUUUCGUUUCAGAAUUCUGAUAAAAUCGCAUUUGCUCUUAUGGCAUUGUCGAUAAUUCUUCUUGCCCUGCUGUUAUUCGUCUUUUGCAAUAGAAUGAGGCAGAAUCGGCUUGGACAGACGACCAGAUUAAAGGUCCACUGCCACCUCGUCGCAUCCAUGCUUGCCUGGUAUCUUUCUUCCGUCCUAAAAACCCUGAUCCAUCACCACCUUGCCUCAGAAUCCUCAAUCGUCUUCGACCCAGCCGCACUCGAAUCAAUCCUCCCCCAAACCGGCCAAUUUCUCCUCGACAAAGAACUCGAUUCACAACGAUUCAACCCAAGUUUUGUCGAAAAAAUGGUCUCAAUUCAAAAAAGCUGCAUCAUUGCCGAUUUUUUAUCGCAUUUCUUUUGGCUCGCUGUUAUUACCUGGAGCUUUAUCGAAGCCUUGCAAUUGCUGUAUGUGUAUCACUUUAGUAUUUUCGAAGAAUCGGAGGCACCAACAGAGGAUACUCUUGUUUUAUCAAAAUGCUCCCUGGAUGGAAAUGUCAAAUGCGAUUUAUUCCUUAAUUUCCUUCCGAUCAAUCUCAUGCUUUGCACUGGUUUCCUGGCGCUCAUUACUCUUCUCAUCAAUAUAACAAGACUAUCGUUACGCGUGAAUCGCUGCCGGUCUGAAAUCUUUCUCAAGAACGCAAAGAGCGUUUUGAGCUUGAUCGUUUUAUUUGGAAUCGUUCAUUUGGUUGUUUUCUUUCAUUUUGACGCUCGGUGGUGGAGUGCGUUUAUCAAUAUUCUCGAAAGCACUCAAGGGAUUUUCAUGACGCUUUUUUGGGGAAUACUGACUUCGGAGUUCAGAAGUUUUUUCAAAGACAAGAUUCGGAGAAGAUCAGUAAGGAACUCAAUUAAUACGAAUAAUCCAAAAACAGCUUCAGUCAUAUUACAGGUAGAGAGAGCAUGUCAACUUCACUAA